GACAAAAACUUUGAAGUUUCGUAGUGUCAUAUCUUUCAAGGUUUGUUAAUGAGUAUGCUUGGCGCCCUGUGCGAUAACCUUGACUAAGUACUUGUCUUAAAUGAUAAAGCAAAAGACUAUCAGGCAAUAAGCACAGAGUGCUGAAUUAAGCAGGGCAUCGAUCGAUCCACCGACUUUACGCGUGGUCUGAAAAUGGCAUCGACGGCCGGACAGGUUAUAAAAUGCCGAGCAGCUGUUGCUUGGCAAGAAAAGAAACGACUGUCUAUUGAAACCAUAGAAGUAGCCCCUCCAAAAGCUGGUGAAGUUCGUGUAAAGAUAACUUCAACGGGGAUAUGUCACACAGAUGCAUACACUCUUGAUGGUCAUGAUCCUGAAGGCACUUUCCCAUGUGUUCUUGGACAUGAAGGAGCAGGCAUUGUGGAAAGCAUUGGUGAAGGUGUGACCUCUGUAAAGCCAGGUGAUCAUGUAGUGCCCCUGUACAUUCCACAAUGUAAAGAUUGCAAGUUCUGUAACUCUCCAAGGACAAAUCUGUGCUCAAAAAUACGCUUGACACAGGGAAAAGGUUUAAUGCCAGAUGGAACAACACGAUUCACUUGCAAUGGAAAACCUCUGUUCCACUUCAUGGGAUGCUCAACAUUCAGUGAAUAUACUGUAGUGGCAGAGAUAUCUAUUGCCAAGGUAAACGAAUCUGCUCCAAUGGAUAAAAUCUGCCUUCUUGGCUGUGGAGUGCCAACUGGAUACGGUGCUGCACUUAACACCGCUGGUGUCACUGCUGGCUCAAACUGUGCUAUCUGGGGCCUGGGGGCCGUGGGGCUUGCAGUCGCCAUGGGCUGUCGUGCUGCUGGUGCGAAAAGAAUUAUUGGCAUUGAUAUAAACCCAUCAAAGUUUGAAAUUGCAAAGAAAUUUGGCUGCACAGAAUUUGUGAAUCCGAAAGAACAUGAGAAACCAAUCCAGGAGGUGCUGAUUGAAAUGACAGAUGGAGGAUUGGAUUAUACAUUUGAAUGUGUUGGUAAUGUUGAUUUGAUGCGUGCUGCUCUUGAAUCAUGUCACAAAGGUUGGGGAGUCUCAACCAUUGUUGGUGUUGCUGCAGCGGGAAAGGAAAUUAGCACACGGCCAUUCCAGCUUGUAACUGGCCGCACCUGGAAAGGAACUGCAUUUGGAGGAUUUAAGAGCAGGGACAGUGUGCCUAAACUUGUUGAAGACUAUCUGGCCAAGAAAAUUAUGCUUGAUGAAUUUGUUACUCAUAACUUGCCAUUUGAAAAAAUCAAUGAAGCAUUUGAUCUUUUACAUGCUGGAAAGAGCAUUCGAACUGUUGUUGAGUUCUGAAGACUAGGAUUGUGAAUACCUACUUCUGGUGCUGCAUCUCUUGGAAGAGAUUAUUACUCAGUCAAAUGUGCUUCCAAAUAUAUUGGUGUCAUAUUGGAUAUUGCAUUUACUUUUAUAACACUUGCAUGUACUCGUUUACAAUUUUGUGAUACGAAGAAGCCAAAUAAAGAUAUGCAUUUAA